GCAUGUGAGCAACAACAGCUGUGUCCACUCUUCCACUUGAUAAAUACCCUUCUUACCUUCCUUACUACGACUUUUGACUAUCCUUCUCUCUCUCUUUCAUUCUAUACUAUUCAUAUCUCUCACACACACACACUCUCCCUCUCUCCCUCUCUCAUGGCAGAGCUCACAAGCUAAACACAAAGCCCCAACUGCUCUGAGAGGAACACAAACACAGACAAAGAAGCAGCACUCUGGUCUCUUUGGUAUUACAUCUGCCCAGAAUGAAAGCCCUGUACAGAGGCUCUCUCUUUCUCAUAUUCUCCUUCACCUUGCUUUUUACUGGGACACCUUCUUCUGCACUUUCCACCAGAGACCCUUCUCAGCAACUCCUCUCCUUCAAAGCUUCUCUCCCCAACCCAUCCCUGUUACCCAACUGGCUCCCCAACCAGAACCCCUGUUCCUUCACCGGUAUCACCUGCAACCAGACCCACCUCACUUCCAUAGACCUCACCUCCAUACCUCUCAGCACCAACUUCUCCAUUGUAGCCACCUACCUCCUCACCCUCGACCACCUUCAGUCUCUCUCCCUCAAAUCCACCAACCUUACAGGCCCUCCCACCAUUCCUCUUUCUCAUUCCAAGUGCAGCUCCUCCCUAUCCUCCAUAGAUCUGUCCCAGAACACUCUCUCCGGUUCCCUUAAUGACAUGUCCUUUCUUGCUUCCUGUUCAAACCUCCAAUCUCUCAACCUUUCUAGUAACCUUCUCGAGUUCAACUCCUCUCACUGGAAACUCACCCUCCGCGUAGCUGACCUCUCCAACAACAAGAUUUCUGGUCCCGGCAUCGUCCUCUGGCUUCUCAACCCCGACAUCGAACACCUGGCGCUCAAAGGUAACAAAAUCACCGGAGAUGUCGACUUCUCAGGUUCCACUUCUCUACAGCACUUGGACCUUUCCUCCAACAACUUUUCCGUUUCUAUUCCUUCCUUGGGCGACUGUUCCUCCCUUAAAUACUUGGACCUCUCUGCCAACAAAUACUUUGGCGACAUUGCUACCACUCUCUCACCUUGCAAGGCUCUUCUCUAUCUCAACUUGUCCAGUAACCAGUUCACUGGUCUUGUUCCUUCCCUCCCUCUUGGUUCUCUCCAGUUCGUCUAUCUCGCUGCCAACCACUUCCAUGGCCUGAUUCCUCCUGCACUGGCGGACCUCUGCUCCACUCUCGUACAGCUGGAUCUCUCUUCCAACAAUCUCACCGGUGACCUCCCAGGCCCCUUUGGCGCUUGCUCUUCCCUCCAAUCCUUGGACAUCUCAAGCAACCUCUUCACCGGCGCUUUGCCGAUGGAGGUAUUGACUCAAAUGGGCAGUCUGAGGGAGCUUGCGGUAGCCUUCAACUUCUUCGGCGGUCCUCUACCCGUGUCGCUGUCGAAGCUUUCCAGUUUGGAAUUGCUGGAUCUGAGUUCCAACAACUUCAGCGGGCCAAUCCCUGGAACUCUGUGCGGAGAUGCUGGGAAUAACUUAAAGGAACUUUACCUGCAGAAUAACCGGUUCACGGGUUUUAUUCCUCCCAUGCUCAGCAACUGUUCCAACCUUGUUGCCUUGGACUUGAGUUUCAACUUUCUGACAGGGACCAUCCCUUCAAGCCUAGGGUCUCUCUCGAAACUCCGGGACUUGAUUAUCUGGCUGAACCAGCUCCAUGGAGAGAUACCUCAAGAGCUGAUGUAUAUGAAGAGCCUGGAGAAUCUUAUCUUGGAUUUCAACGAGUUGAGUGGGAACAUUCCCUCUGGCCUCGUCAACUGCACCAAGCUCAAUUGGAUCUCCCUCUCCAACAAUAGGCUUAGCGGCGAGAUACCAGCCUGGAUUGGAAAGCUUUCCAAUCUGGCCAUACUCAAACUCAGUAAUAACUCCUUCUCUGGCCGGAUCCCCCCUGAGCUUGGCGAUUGCACUAGUCUUAUAUGGUUGGAUCUGAAUACUAAUUCCCUCACAGGGCCCAUUCCGCCUGAACUGUCCAAGCAAUCCGGGAAUAUUGCCGUGAAUUUCAUCAAUGGAAAGACUUAUGUGUACAUAAAGAAUGAUGGGAGUAAAGAAUGUCAUGGAGCAGGGAACUUGCUGGAGUUUGCUGGUAUCAGUCAGCAGCAGCUCAACAGGAUUUCCACCAAGAACCCCUGCAAUUUCACCAGGGUUUAUGGAGGUAAGUUGCAGCCAACGUUUAAUCAUAAUGGUUCUAUGAUAUUUUUGGAUAUCUCCCACAACAUGUUGUCAGGCAGUAUUCCAAAGGAAUUUGGGGUCAUGUACUAUUUGACCAUUCUCAAUCUGGGCCACAAUAAUGUGUCUGGGAGCAUUCCUCAGGAGCUUGGGAAGAUGAAGAAUCUUAACAUUCUUGAUCUCUCUAAUAAUAGACUCGAAGGGCAAAUUCCGCAGAGCCUUACGGGGCUCUCCUUGCUCACUGAGAUUGACUUGUCCAACAACAUGCUCUCGGGGACGAUUCCUGAGACGGGUCAAUUUGAUACUUUCCCUGCCGCAAGGUUUCAGAACAACUCUGAUCUCUGUGGUGUUCCUCUGUCCCCUUGUGGAUCGGACCCGACAAAUAGUCCGAGUGCACAGCAUAUGAAGUCUCACAGGAGGCAGACUUCUUUAGUUGGGAGUGUGGCCAUGGGAUUACUAUUCUCCCUCUUCUGCAUCUUUGGUUUGAUCAUAAUUGCCAUUGAGACCAGAAAGAGGAGGAAGAAGAAAGAGGCAGCCCUUGAGGCCUACAUGGAUGGUAAUUCGCAUUCGGGUCCAGCCAAUGUGAGCUGGAAGCACACGAGUACUCGUGAAGCUCUUAGCAUAAACCUUGCAACUUUUGAGAAGCCCCUCCGAAAGCUUACUUUUGCAGACCUUCUUGACGCCACCAAUGGCUUUCACAAUGACAGUCUCAUUGGCUCCGGUGGGUUUGGUGAUGUGUACAAGGCUCAGUUGAAGGACGGAAGUGUUGUUGCUAUCAAGAAGCUGAUUCAUGUCAGCGGACAAGGGGACAGAGAGUUCACUGCUGAAAUGGAGACUAUAGGAAAAAUUAAGCACAGGAACCUUGUUCCCUUGCUGGGAUACUGCAAAGUUGGGGAGGAGAGGCUCCUGGUUUAUGAGUAUAUGAAAUACGGGAGCUUAGAGGAUGUUCUCCAUGAUCAGAAGAAAGCUGGGAUAAAGCUGAACUGGUCAAUUAGAAGGAAAAUUGCCGUUGGAGCUGCUAGGGGAUUGGCUUUUCUUCACCACAAUUGUAUCCCUCACAUCAUUCAUAGAGACAUGAAGUCAAGCAAUGUUUUACUUGAUGAAAACCUGGAAGCCAGGGUGUCUGAUUUUGGAAUGGCUAGGCUUAUGAGUGCUAUGGAUACACAUUUGAGUGUGAGCACCCUGGCGGGCACCCCGGGGUAUGUUCCUCCCGAGUACUACCAGAGUUUCAGAUGCUCCACUAAAGGUGAUGUCUACAGUUACGGUGUGGUUUUGCUGGAGCUGCUAACUGGGAAAAGGCCAACGGAUUCGGCUGAUUUUGGUGACAAUAAUCUUGUUGGAUGGGUUAAACAACAUGCGAAGCUGAAAAUAAGUGAUAUUUUUGAUCAGGAGCUCAUGAAGGAAGACCCCAAUCUGGAGAUGGAGCUUUUGCAGCACCUGAAGAUUGCGUGUUCAUGUUUGGAUGAUAGGCCAUGGAGACGUCCCACCAUGAUUCAAGUUAUGGCAAUGUUCAAGCAGAUUCAGGUAGGAUCUGGGAUUGAUUCUCAGUCAACUAUAGCCACCGAUGAAGAAGGUUUCAAUGCAGUUGAAAUGGUGGAGAUGAGCAUUAAAGAAGCCCCUGAAUUGAGCAAACAUUAGGCAUCAAAUUCCGGAGAGUGUCAUGUGGAUUCUUUGGGAAACAGACAAGAAGAGAGAAAGAGGAGAUGACGACGGAUUCAACUCUCCUCAAAGUUUUUUCCUACUUUGCCGGUUCAAAAUUAUUUCAGACAUAAGAGGAAACGGUUAAAAGGGGAAUGAAUGCUUUUGAUGUAUGUAGUCUUGUUAUUUUAUACAUAAGAAAAAAGUUGUUUAACUUGUAUAUAAACAGCUUCAGUUGUUACCAUCUGUGUUUUCCUAGAAUUCUCAAAGUACUUUUUUCAUUCAGAUAUAAUCCUGAAAAGGUUCUGUUUAA